GUUCACUCAUUUUCAGCACUGAGCCUCUUAAUUAGCUACCGGCAUGGCUGAAAGCCAAACCCACACAGCCCGCAAGUGCUUGCAUUUCUCCUGUUCAUGUCCACCCCACUAACGAAUUGCAGAGUUGCUGGGGUUUUGGCAUUCAUUCCGUUAUCCGUUGUUCUUCCUUGGAGUGGCUGGAGUCUUGGUUAUAAAGCUUCGAUCGUACAUUCGAAACUUCGAGCAACGUGAAAGCAAGGGUUUAACGGCAUUAAAGCCAACAACAUGGGUCGAGGUUCCUGUGAGAGCUGGGUCCGAGCCGGUGGCUAAGACACACCCUAAUCCAAGGAGGGUGGUUGGGAAGAAGAAGGGCUUGAAGCCAAAGAAUGGAGGGAAGGUAGCGUUGGAAGUCGAGGAAGGAGAAUUCGACAUUCAGACUCUGAUUUUUUAUUCCACACUUACUGGGUCGACUCAACGGUGUGCAGAGGAGCUGAGAACCCGACUGUUUAGUGUUAAGGGUGAGAGCAUUUAUCCAACCCUUUCAAUUCCCACACCAGCCAAUUCACUUGGCUCGGUCCCUCUUCGGAGGAGCUUUUUACCACCGGUCAUAUACAACCUCGAAGAGGUGGGGUUGGACGACUUCUUUGUUGCGCCACCGAGCGAGAUAGGGAAGAGAGUGAAAUAUGUUUACCUUUUGUUAUUGCCUACAUACGAAACAGAGGCUCCCAUCCGUCCCUUCCUGGCACACUUACAGGAGACCCACCACGACUUCCGCAUUGACACCGCCCCUCUUCGUUCGCUUGCUGGGUUCUCGGUGUUUGGCUUCGGCGACUCGUCAGAAUGGCCAGCGGAGGAAGGCAAGUUCUGCAAAGAUGCAGUUGAAGUGGAUAAAUGGAUGGGGAAAUUGACAGGAGGAAAUGGAGGAACAAGGAGAAUGUUCCCUGUUGGCAUGGGAGAUGUAAACCCGGCUGUGGGACUUAAUAGUGCGGAGAAAAGUUUGGACGAAUGGAGAGUCCACCUAGAAGAUGCUAUGCGAGAAUAUGCUGCGACUGGGGCUCUGGGUGAUUCCGCUGAUUGGCGAACGGCAAUUGAGUCUGGAGACGAAGAUUCCGAUUUCGAGAUUACCGACCCUGCAGAUGAUAUGGCCGGAGAAGGGCAGAACGCGGACCGUAAAGAGAUGGUACCAAACGGGAGUGUUACAUAUGAAGCAUUGACCAAACAAGGCUACACCAUUGUUGGUUCCCACUCGGGGGUGAAGAUCUGUCGAUGGACUAAAUCGGCCCUGAGAGGACGAGGAAGUUGUUAUAAAUUUUCUUUCUAUGGAAUCAAGUCACAUCUUUGCAUGGAAACUACACCAUCCUUAUCAUGUUCAAACAAAUGUGUAUUCUGCUGGCGACACGGGACGAAUCCUGUUGGGACUACCUGGAGAUGGAAAGUAGAUCCACCAGAGGAGAUUUUCAAGGGUGUCGUUGAGGGCCAUUACCGCAAAAUCAAAAUGAUGAAAGGAGUUCCGGGGGUCCGGGCAGAUAGGUUCAGCGAGGCCUUCAAAAUCAGGCAUUGUGCAUUGAGUCUAGUCGGCGAGCCUAUCUUCUACCCAUAUAUCAAUGAAUUCCUCCACCUCCUCCACUCCAGUAAAAUAUCAUCCUUCCUCGUGUGCAAUGCCCAGCACCCGGCCCAGCUUGCAGCACUUGGCCACACAACCCAGCUUUAUGUCUCGAUAGACGCUUCCAACAAAGAUAGUCUAAAGAAAAUCGACCGUCCGCUCCACCGUGACUUCUGGGAGCGGUUUCAACAGUGUCUCGACAUCCUCCGUGAGAAGCGCAACCAACAUAGGACGGUCUUCAGACUAACCCUAGUAAAGGGCUUCAACAUCGAAGACGAAGUGCAAGGCUAUGCAGACUUAGUGGAAAAGGGACUCCCCUGCUUUGUCGAAGUCAAAGGAGUGACGUACUGUGGAACAUCGACAGCUGGAGAAGCAGGCCUAACUAUGAAGAACGUACCCUUUUACGAGGAAGUCGUAACUUUCGUCGAAGCGCUUAACGCAGAACUUGCCAGGCGUGGGCUGGGGUAUGGUAUCGCCGCCGAGCAUUCUCACAGCUGUUGCGCCCUGAUCGCCUCAAACCGCUUCUUUAUCAACGGGAAAUGGCACACACUAAUUGACUACGCCAAGUUCUUUGAGCUGCUUGAGAGUGGGAGGGAGUUUGGCCCAGAGGAUUAUAUUGGAGAGGCUACUCCGGAGUGGGCCAAUUGGGGGAAUGGGGGAUUUGAUCCGGCGGAUCAGAGGGUUUAUAGGAAAGGGAAGGGGCCCAAGGAGGAGGUUGAGGAAAGUGGCGGGUGUGGGUAGUGUAUCAUAAUAUUAUGAUAGUGGGGGGGUAGAUGUACAGAUACUGGUUUCUGGCGAA